AAAUAAUGGUUGGUAUCAAUUUAUAUUUGUUUACAGAGAAGAAGUGCAUAUGCUUGAAAUAUCCGACGAAGACGAGCCUGUAACUUAUGUGAAAAAUGAGUCUAUUGGUUCUAAACCGAUACCUAUGGCGACUAUGCGCAGCUCUAAACUCGCAGCGAUGGCAGCGAACAUUAAAUCUCCAGAAGCUGACAAUGACACUGAUAUGGAUAAUCCCGUUGAACUGGAGCAUAAUAUGGAAGCUUUAGCCAACGAUGCGUCGAUGAAGCUAGAUGAUAUCCUAAUUGUCCCGGAAAUACUCGAUGAUAGUAAUAUUCAAAAUUAUAUUGGGAGUACAGAAGACGAUAACAGCAAUUCUAAUAAAGUAAAUGAGAGACUCAAUCAAAUAGGUGGCGGAAGAAGUGUUUUAGUGACAAGUAACAAUGAGCAAUGCAAUGAAAAUAGAGUGAUAAAAUCGCCACAAACAGAGAAUAACAGUUAUGAUAGGGCAAGCCCGAGUUCAUCAAGAGAUUUAUCGGUGAGCCGUGUAAAUCCUUCUGGAAAAACUGAUGAUAAUUACAGGGAAGAAAUGUACAAUCAUGUGGAACAUACACAGAAUAAUCUGAAACAGAUACACAGUGACUUGAGUGAUAUGUUGCGUAAUGAAAAAACUUGCAGCAUUGAUGCUAAUACUCUUCUUGAGUUGUUGAGUGCACAGGAUCCAACGGGGUUUGGAUUAUCAACUAAUCCAGAAUUGAAUCUAGAUUGUGGGAAAGAGGAUGAUGAUCAUAUAAUUCCAGAUUCUGUCAAUGAAUCUACGGGUUCACUUAUGGCAUAUAAUCCCUCAACCUGCAACCUAUUUGAUUUUGAUGAGGAGAUGCUCUUGGGAAAUACAUCUUUAUCAAAUCCACCAGAAUUACAGAUGAACAAUCUCUAUACUUCAGAUAUAGAUAUAGGGGAUACGAAGGUUUCACUUCUUGAUGCUCUAGUAACAAAUAAUAUGAAUGCAAAAUCAUAAACAUUAAAUAUGGUUGAUCACUGUUGCAUCCAAUUUUUUGGUUUUAGUGAUUUUAUUUUGAGUGGAUAAGCACAAGCGAUAUCUUUAAUCAACAGAACUACUAAAAUUAAAAAGAAUACAAAUCUCAAUAUAUUCCAUAAUUACUAAGAUUCUGUAAAUUUCAACAUAUAAUGAUAGAUAUUUUUAAGUAUCUUUAUAAGCGCUUAGCAUGUAAAAUCUAUUGAGUUUGCAUUAGAAAACAAGAUCUUAUUGAAAUUAAUAAUUUCUGUUUAACACUUAAUAAUAUAACAAAAGUUAUAUUAUUUCCAUUAUAAGUUUCUAUUAAUAUGAAUUAGUAAUAUUCCUGUUUAUAAUUAAAUAAGAAAGUAAUGCAACUGUAAUGUAACUGUAAAUAUUCU